AUUUAUGAAUAAUUCAAGAUCAACAGUUAAAAAGGGAACAAAUAAUCUUCCAAUUUAAACUGGAGAUUUGGAAGAAUACAUGUAAUGAUUAUAUCUAUAUUAUUAUUAGUCAAAUAUUGUAUGAUCAUUAAAAGAGUUGUGAGAAGGCUGGAAAAUAUUUGGAGGCAGAUUAAGCAAAAAAAAGAUUAGGAGAAUUGAAAAAAGAUUUAGAUUCUAAAAAUAAAUAUGAAGUUAAGGAUAGACAUACAAAUGAAAAAUAGGAAAUUGAGAAAGCACAUCUUGAAGAAUUUAAUUAGUUUAACGAAUUUUGGGAUCAGAAAAUGGUUGAAUUUGAUUAAGAAGCUUAAAGAGUUAAAGAGUAGGUUCUUUAAAGACAUGAUGAAGAAUUAAAAUAAUUUACAGAUGAAUUAGAAAAUUCAAUUCCUGUUAAACCUAAAGAUUCAGCAGAAUUAUUAAGUUUGAGAAAGACUGAAGAAUCAUUGGCAAGAUAAGAAAAGUAUAUAAUUAUAAAUAUUUAUUCAGUUAUCAAGAAGCUCAUAUAACUUAAUAAAGAAUUUUAUCUAUGGAAAGAGAUGAAUAUGAAAAGUGGAAUUAAUAAAGAUCAUGUAAAAUCAGAAAUUUAAUACUUUAACUUAAACAAAAAUAAAGUACAGAAUUAAGUGCUUUAUAAUAAAGAAUAAUUUCAGGAUAGGAAGAAUAAAGAAAGAUUAGAUCCUAAGAAUUAGAAAAGUAUUAUUAUUAUAUUAAAAUAGACUAUUAUAAAAGUAUUAAAAUGUAAGAAAAGAAUUAAGCAGUUAAUAAAAUUAAGAAAUUACAAGACUUGAUAAGACUAUGAAAAAUUCAUCAAUUAUGUAAUAAUCUAGAAUGAAUACAUCUAAAAUGUAAGGUUCCUCAAUGAAAAAAGGAGAUGAAGAAAACUUCUAUAUAAAAUGA